CACAUGAUGACGGGGAUCGGGUUCGCGGCGCGCAAGCUGGCGGGCUCGGCGUGGGAGUUCCUCCCCGCUGAGGCCAUGCGCUUGCCGGGGUCGGUUAUCUUGCACGAGCCGCAUGGGGCCGGGGCCGGGGGCAGGCAGCUCACGUUUCAUUAUGCGAGGGUGGAUGGGGAUAUUUUGAGGCAUCGGUAUGGGAUUUCGGGGGAGAACUUUGUGUUGGUGUAGUAGGGAGCGGGUUUGGUGGGUUGAUCGGGGAGUCUUGUGGAGUCUCACGGAGUUCUUACGGGAGUGGUUGGUUAUUCAAAUUGGAUUCUGCUUUGGAUUGUGGACAUUGGUUUGUUUGCAUUUUGG